AUGACAACCGACCAUCCCCCAGCAACCCCCCACCCAAUCUCCAUCCUCCUCCUCGAUUCCUACGACUCUUAUACCUUCAACCUCCACGCCCUCCUCCGCUCCCUCUUCCCCCAUACCGACAUCCAUGUCCUCCACAAUGACUCCAUAUCCCCCUCCGAGCUACGAAAGUUUCUCCCGACGUUUGAUUUUGUCGUCGUGGGACCGGGGCCGGGACACCCGGGCGUGAAGGGCGACAUUGGCAUCAUCCCAGAGGUGUGGGGAUUUGGAGGGAGGCAGGGUGAGGUGCCGGUUCCGGUACUGGGCGUGUGUUUGGGUAUGCAAUCACUCUGUCUACACUUCGGUGGGGCCGUAAUGCGUCUCCAUACCCCCAAACACGGACAAAUAUCCCGACUAGAAUACCCCCCCGCAACCACCACCACUUCCCUCCUCUUCACCCCCCAUACGAGUCCCCCAAACGUCGUCCGCUACCACUCCCUCCACGCCAUCCUCCCCCACCCACCCUCCUCUAUUCCACUCACCCCCCUCGCAUACACCUCCGACCCCGAAAAUGGCCGUGUCCUCAUGGCGGUCGCACACCACUCCCUCCCAUUCUACGCCGUCCAGUACCACCCGGAAUCAAUCUCCUCCGAAGGCGGCGCAUCACUAAUCUCCAACUUCUGGGAUCUAGCUCGGGGGUGGAAUACCGAUACCGGACGCGAUGCGGGGGUGAAGAGCGUCGUGAUCGAGGCGAAGACGGAGGUCAAGCCGCGUCCACUCCUCCUCUCAUCCUCACCACCACCCGCCCCGCGUCGAGUUACCGUUCGUAAACUACAGACACACAUCUGCCCACUCUCCCUAAUCCCAAUCCUCGGAAUCGACACAGCGGCGCCAUACACAGCCCUCCUCGAAUCCCUCGCCACGCCGGGACGGUGGUCGAUCCUCGCCGUACCGAGUUCGAGGAUGGAACAUAUCACAUACCGGAUCCCACCCCCUUCGCCAGCGGUCCCGGACACUGUUCAGGAAGUCCAAGUCGACGACGGGGUGGAAGGCGUACACAAAUACCUAGCACACCUCAUGCAAGCCCGGAAACCGGAUUUGACACAAGGGUAUGAGGAAGUCCCGUUUUGUGGUGGGUUGGUGGGGUAUAUGACGUAUGAGAUGGGGGUUGCUGGGCUUGGUAUUGACCUUCUGCGAUCGGAGAAAGCAGAAGCACCAGCAGGAGGAGGAGGAGCUGAUGACGCUCCUGAUGUGAAUAUGCUCUUCGUGGAACGCAGCGUGGUGGUUGAUACACUCACCAACACGGUCUACAUACAGAGUCUGUGCGAGGAUGAUGCCGGCUGGGUCGACGACGUUGCUGCGAAAAUUAUUCAAGCACAAUCACAACCACCACCAUCGAGCCCAACGGUUCCGAAGCUGGGGAGGAGGGUAGAGGUCAAAACACCCAACAAAGCAAAAUACGAGGCAGACGUCCGUACCGCACAAGAAUUCCUAGCAGCGGGCGAAUCAUACGAACUAUGUUUAACCGCCCAAACAUCCCUCCGUACAUCAACUCCAGCCUGGUCUCUCUACCAGCGAUUACGGCAAACGAAUCCGGCGCCAUAUGCAGCAUACCUAAAGUUGGGCGAAGUGACAGUCCUGAGUUCAUCCCCGGAGCGAGCAGUAAGCUGGACACGACCCCGGGAUGGUCAACGAAGCGUAGUCGAACUCCGUCCAAUCAAGGGCACAGUCCGCAAAAGCUCGUCCGUGGAAACCAUCGAGGACGCGCAGAUUGUCCUCCGCAACCCAAAAGACCUCGCGGAAAACCUCAUGAUCGUCGACCUCAUCCGACACGACCUCACACUCGUCUCCGCACCCUCCACGGUGCAUGUCCCACACCUCAUGCGCGUCGAAGAGUAUUCGCAUCUUUUCCAAUUAGUGAGUGUGGUGCGUGGAGAAUUAGAUGGUGACAGCGGUUAUGUGGGGUGGGAUGCGUUGAGAGGCAUGGUGCCGGCGGGGAGUAUGACGGGGGCGCCAAAGAAGAGGAGUGUGGAAAUUUUACGGGAAUUAGAGGGAGAGGGCAAGGGGAGGAAGGGGGAAAGGGGGGUUUAUAGUGGUGUGAUGGGGUACUGGAGUGUUUGUGGGGCGGGGGAUUGGAGUGUUGUCAUUCGUACCGCCGUCAAUUACGGAAACCGGCGAGUGAGACCUGAAGACGAGGAUGAGGGUGAUGUCUGGUGGAUUGGUGCGGGUGGGGCAGUGACGGCGUUGUCUACGCCCGAGGGGGAGGAGGAGGAGAUGAGGGUUAAGUUGGGGAGUGUGUUGAGGGGGAUUGUGGGGGAUGGGUGUAUGUGA